CCGCAAAGUCCAGUCCAACUUCAGUGCGCCGAGACACGCUAGCUCUCUCUUGCAAACGCUGUCACGCUUGUCUGUUUCUACUGUCUAAUUCUACUUACUGAGAAACAUGGAAAACAGACAUAACAAACGCAGACGUUCUUCUGGAUCGGAAAAGGCGAAGGAGAUAGAGGCAAUAAACGGACUCGUUUCCGGAAAGAAUGUCCUUAUCACCGGUGGGGCUUCAGGUUUAGGAAACGCGUUCAUGAACCAUUUUCUGAAACACGGUGCAAACAGGAUUACUAUAUUGGACGUCGAUGCGGAAACAGGGAAACGCGUGGAACUGAGCGUAGAAAAGUCUUGCGGAGAGAAGAAGGUGCAUUUUAUUCACGCUGACGUCUCCAACCCUGAACAGAUGACUGCGGCUUUCGAAGAGGCAGUCAGAUUAAUGAACGAUAUCGAUAUCGUUAUAAAUAACGCUGGCAUUUUGGACGAACGACGGUGGGAAAAAGAGAUAGCAGUUAACAUCGGAGGAAUGGUCUGUACCGCGUUAUUGGCUGUGAAGUACUUGAGCAGAGAUCAACUAGGACACGGAGGAACUUUGGUGAACGUCAGUCAACAUAUAGACAUCAGAACCACCGCACAACUUCCGGUUUACACAGCUACCAAACAUGCGAUCAUUGGUCUAUCGCAAUCCCUCGCGAGCACUUAUCAGUACGAGACGUCCGGCAUUCGCGUGAUAACACUGUGUCCCGGAUUAACGGAGACCGCACUGACAGUGGACAGUCCAAAUAAAUUACUUUCCCGAGUGAUGAAAGCUGAUUUCGUUAAAAACCUUGAACAACUAUCGAUACAAACUCCGUAUGUGGUGGCUCAGGGUCUAAUGUCAAUCCUAAGGAUUGGACAGUCCGGUAGUAUAUGGGUAGUCGAAAAUGGUCGGACUCCUUACGAGGUUUGCGUACCAAAUCCGCGAACGUUGCGGCGCACAUACAAGAACAAUUUCACGCUGGUCGAAACGAAAGUGACGACGAGAGGUCGUCCGAUAAGAGAGGUCUGCGACAACACGCGAACGGGUCUGAUGAGUUGCGCUUGAUGAAGUAACGGAGGAACAUCGUUGAGCAUGAUCUUCCGCAUUCUUCAAGAAAUCCUGAACAUUGGAACUGCUUCGUUUCCUCGUCGGUUCGACGUCGUUUCAUAUGAAAACAUCGCGCCGCGCGAUGUACACGGCUAUUCGCGAAUGGACGGUUGUUACGAAAAUGAUGAGAGAUUAAAUCGGACCUGAUUCGAUGGCCUGAAAACAAUUGAGAGAGGGUGGUCUCAAGCUACACGUCCUAUUUGAUACUUUGUAUAGACAAAUUAAUACAAUGUUAAGUAUUUAUAUAGAUAAUGCACGCGUAUACACAAUGAUGUUUUGUACACGAAAGAAGGCUCUAGCGCUUAAGACUAAUUGUUGACAAUAAUCAUGCAAUGUUUUUCUUAUA